GACGUUACCUUGACAAGCAGCCGCUGACCUCGCGGGGGGGAAAUAAAAAAAGCCUGCAGCGUGGACCACCCCUGCGUGACGCGCGGAAGGAGGCGGGCCCGCAGAGCGGAUGGACACGCGAGGGCAGCGUCUCCCUUCACUUGUUGCCUGAGGCGUCGAGCGAGCCUCCAAAGAUGCCCCGAGAUGCUUUCCCCGUAGAGGCUGCGGGGAGUGGGCGAGGGGCUGCUGGCGAAGGUCGCAGUGCAAUGGAUGUGAGAGGAGAUUCCAUGAGGAUGACUGUGCACCUGCUUGCCAACACUGGACAUGCAAUACACUUGCAACAAGCUUUUGAUCAACUUCAAGAAUGGAUCUGCCUGGACGUUCGCCUCUUUCUUGUCUCAGAACGCCCUUCUCCAAUUAAGUAUUAUGAGACAUACCGCCAAAAAAGUUCCAGGUUUCCUAGUACUUCUGUGCUCCUUUUUUUGCAUGAGGACUUUGGAGAAGAACGGUUUUUCCAGGUCCAUGACUUCUUCCAACAUCCACCAUGGCAGCCUGUCCACAUUGAGUGUCCCAGCAGGAAGCUAUCUCUCCAUGCCCUUGAUCAUCAGGACUUCUAUGGACUGGAUGAGCAUAUGCCGGUAUGGGGCCUGAGAAGUGUUCACUAUGGCAUGGAAAUCCUGCGUGUCACUCUCUAUUGUAGCUUUGAUAAUUAUGAGGAUGCAAUAAGGCUUUAUGAGACAAUCCUGCAGAAAGAAGCAUCUGUCCAAAAAAGUGGCUUCUGUGCUUUUCUACUGUACACAACACACAGCCUUGUGGUUCAGCUCUGCUUGAAGCAGUUGCCUUUGGGGAUGAGUGUUGACCUGAAGGAAUCUUCAGUAUUACAGUUCAAAGUGUAUGAAAUUGGAGAACUGGUUCCACUUUUGCCCAAUCCCUGUGUCCCAAUAAGCAGUACUAGAUGGCAAACAGAAGACUAUGAAGGAAAUAAGAUCCUGCUGCAGGUUCAGAGCAGAGGCUCAAAGCACAAUGGAACUCAAUCUCUACCUCCUAAUUGGCACAACAGCACUGAUGAGAAAGGGUCUCCCCAUUACUGCUGUGAUUUAUGCUCCAGCGUAUCUUCAGUGGCUCCCAGAACUGCUGUUCAGCAGAAAAACCGGACACUUCGAGCCAUGAAAAAUAAAAACAAAUCCUCAAGGAGGAUGGUGCAAAUUCCUGCAAGUCUGUUCACCCCUUCACAAAGCAACUUUAAUUCUUCUUCCAGUUUGUAUAAUAUAGCACAUUCUUCUUUGCAAGAUCUAGGCUCUUCCCCAAUGAACCUGGGUACUAAAUUGAGACAUUCCAGCCAUGAGCUCUGGCUAUGCCAGAACAAAGGAGAGGAGGAGGAAGAGACUAAUGUUGACACAGGCAAGAGAGUAGCACCUUUUAAAUGUGCUAACUCUCCCCUAAACAGAUUUUCCAAGGACUUACAAAAAGAACUUCUUCAGUCCGAGGCACCAAGCAGUUCAUUUAUGGGAGCAGGUUUGGGUUCUGAGGACAGGAACUCUUUAUUGUCUUUGCAUGUUGCUGAAAUUAAUAAAAGAUCAGGAUUUAGUCAUUUUCAGCUGAGCACAUCAGGAGCAAAUGAUGGGAAUGAGAAAGACGAGGAGGAGUUUUUUAUAUGAUUUGAAACUUCCAUGUAUCUUUCACUGCCUUAUUUUUGGAAUAUCAGAAAGUCCAAUAGAUCUAUUCUUCGGUAUAAAUAAUCUAUGCUAUCUUUAUAUUAGAGCUACAAUGAAAGGUUUAAAAGUACUAGGGAAAAGAAGAGAAAGAAGUUUGCAAUAUAAAUUUCAUGUACUAGAGAAUAUUGUGCAAUAGAUUGGAAGAAGCCAUUCAUUUUAAUGCACCAGAGGAACUGACAGAAAUUCACUAAAAAUCUAGGAGAAAACCCCAAACCUAGGAAAGCCUAAAAGAAAUUUGGGAAGCAUCAAUUUGGGAUGAUAAGAAUAGUGUCUUAGUUAAUCUUGACUUAUCUGAGAAGCUCAUCAGAAUUUGACCUCAUUAAUUCUUGGGUAGGAUCUCCAGGAAAUAUCCUAGAAGAAAGCAAUGGAAAAAAUAUUGCCCCCCCCCCAAAAAAAUACUUGGACACAUUCAUGAAAUCAUGAAGGUUCAAGCUUAACUUUUCCCAUACCAUAGAAAUUAAUUUAAAGAUACAGAAAAGAAAAUAGGCAUUUUUCAUUUUUCCAUGGUUACUAUGCUAAGCCUGUCUUCAUUUUCUCCAUGCCCCAUGCUGUACUGCAUCUUGAUGUCAAAAGUACUCUGUUUUCCCCAAAAUAAGACCUCCCCAGGUAAUAAGCCCAAUCAGGCUUUUGAGUGCAUAUGUUAAAAAUAAGCCUUCCCCAAAAAUAAUCCCCCCCCCAAAAAUAAGCCCUCUUCAAAAAUAUUUAAGUGCAUGUGCAGCCGGUCCCUGCCAUUUCCUCUGGUUAGAGUUAGGGAGACAGAGCUGGAAAUCAGGUAAGACAGCAAGAGGAGCCCCACCUUGCUCCACGUGCCCAAAAAUAAUACCUCCCCAAAAAUAAGGCCAAGAGCUUAUUUCGGGGUUCAAAAAAUAUUAGGGUCUUAUUUUCGGGGAAACAUGGUAUGAAAAUGCAACUUUGGAUCUUUGGAACUGAAGUCUUUCCAUUGUUGAAAAUGCAACUAAUUAAGCAGAGGGGUACACAUCAAUCUGGCUUCUGAAUGGCAAUCCAAAAGCUACACUUUUUAGAAUGGGGAAGAUUAGACAAUAUGUCUAAGGCCAAGAUAAAUGCUGAAUUUCAUUAAGCAUAAUUUUAAUAUGUCAACUUCUUUAAGAUAAGCUGAUUAUUCUACUGUUCAUUUAUUUUCAUUACAUUCGUAUUGAAACUGAAUAGCAAUUUUUCCAGAUUGCUAUAGAGAAUGUAUCAGAGCUUCUGGAGCUCAGUUUUUGCACCUUGAUGGAAAACGUAGUGCUACUGUUGUGACUACUGUAUUAAUAUUACUUAAACUAUGAGCUACUUCUGUCUAGUUGAUGAUACUUGAUAAUGAGUUCUAGAGAACAGGAAACAAUCACUGAGCUUGUUAAGUAACAUGCCACAUCCAUUUCUCAACCAGUGUAUCAAGAGAAAUUAGAUAUAUAAUCAGAAGGCUGAGCUACAUUCGGAAUUAUAUGUAACUAUAAGAACAAUGGCAAAUAUAGGUGUGACUCUGUGCACUUGCUUUAACAGGUGAGUUAAGUUUGUCAAUAAAGAAGGAUCGGCUUGUGAACCCAUCUUUUAUUGCAGGAGUGUCUCAAUGCAUUUCUGGCUCACCUGUGCUUCCCUGCCUCAUCUCAGAUAUCGCUACAGAUUUCCUUCCUAUUUCUUGUUGAUACACUUCACCCAACACACUUUUGCCUGUCAAAGAACUGUAUUUGAUGUCAUAUCCGGAAUAAAACAAUCCCAAAUUGUUUGAGAUAUGAACUAAAACGUA